CAGACGCACCAUGGCCGAAGCUUCCGCCGCCGACGGCAAGAUGAAAGAUCUGUCCAUCUCUCAGACGAAGAAGAAUAAGAAGGACGGCAAUCCCAAGACAGCCGCAAAGAAACCCCAGCAACAGAAGAAGAAGAUCGAGGGCGCCGCGCUCAUUGGUAUCGAUGUCGCGAAAGCCGAUGAUUUAGGAGAGUGGUACCAGCAGGUCAUCACCAAAGGCCAGAUGAUCUCAUACUACGAUGUCGCCGGAUGCUACAUCCUCGAACCCUCCUCGUACGCCAUCUGGGAAUCUAUCAAAGAGUGGUUCGACGCCCAGAUCAAGACACUCAAAGUCCGCAAUGCAUACUUCCCCAUCUUCAUCAGCGCGGACAACUUGGAGCGAGAAAAAGAGCACGUCGAGGGUUUCGCGGCCGAGGUCGCCUGGGUGACCAAGGGUGGAAAAUCCGACCUGGAGAAGCCUGUCGCCGUGCGCCCUACCUCUGAGACUGCCAUGUACCCUUACUUCGCUCGCAAGAUCCAGUCACAUCGCGAUCUCCCCCUUAAGCUGAAUCAGUGGAACAAUGUUGUUCGCUGGGAGUUCAAGCAUCCCAUGCCCUUCAUCCGAUCCCGUGAAUUCUUAUGGCAGGAAGGCCACACCGCGCAUCUGACCAAGGAAGAAGCCAGUGCAGAGGUUCUGCAGAUCUUGGAUUGGUAUUCUGAUGUCUACCAAAACCUACUAGCUGUUCCUGUUGUGAAGGGCACCAAGACUGUAAAUGAGAAGUUCCCUGGAGCAGACUACACCACUACCAUUGAAGGAUUCAUUCCUGCUACAGGUCGAGGCAUCCAGGCUGCCACAUCCCACUGCCUCGGUCAGCAUUUUUCGAAGAUGUUCAACAUCACCGUUGAAGACCCUACGGCAAAAGAGGCCGGCAAGUCGGAACACGUUCAUGUCUGGCAGAACUCAUGGGGCCUGACCACUCGUUCUAUUGGUGUCAUGAUCCUAACCCACGGAGACAACCGGGGCUUAGUGAUUCCGCCUAGGGUGGCUGAAAUCCAGGUUGUCUUGAUCCCCGUUGGAGUUACAGCGAAGAUGUCUGCAGAGGCCAAGGAAGACCUCUACAACAAGGUCAAGAAGAUCGCAGAUGACUUGCUUGAGGUGGGCGUUCGUGUUGAGACCGACUACCGCGAGGGCUACUCUCCCGGCUGGAAGUUCAACGACUGGGAGCUCAAGGGUAUCCCUCUCCGAAUCGAGUUUGGACCCAAGGAUGCCGAGAAGGGUGUCGUUACGACAUCUCGCCGAGACAUUGACGACAAGGACGCCGCACGUGGCACGACCAACGUCGAUGAUGUCAAGACAGAGAUCCCCAAGCUACUCGAAAAGAUCCAGUCAGACAUGUUCAACCGCGCAGAUAAGGAGUACCGCGAGCACCGCGUGCAACUCACCAACUGGGACGACUUCGUCCCCACUCUCAACGGCAAGAACGUUGUCCUGGUUCCCCAUUGCGAAGGCGACAAGUGCGAAGAUGAGGUCAAGGCCAAGAGCGCAAGGACGGCACUCGGUGACGGCGUUGCAGAGGACAAGCAAGCUCCUGCUAUGGGUGCAAAGAGUUUGUGCAUUCCUUUCGAGCAGCCCGAGGGUAUCGAGCCUGGCAAGACCAAGUGCAUCAACCCCGACUGCACCACUCCUGCCAAGCAGUGGAUUCUUUUCGGAAGGAGUUACUAAAAGGCUGGUGUAGUUGGACGCGUAAUUUUUAACUGUCAGCAUUUGGCGGCUAGGAGUUUGAGGGGAGCUUUUGCGCGACAUGGAGAAGCGCUGCUGUCUGGUCAAGUCUGAUUUCGCAAUGUUCGAUAUAAGCUCAAGAACAAAACUCAAGUUCUAGACAC